AUGCACGAGACUAUCCCUGCAAAUGAGAUAUACGGACCCGGAACCUACAUCGACAAGUCCGUCCUCCCUAUACCGGAAGAUGCCCGUCGAAUUUUCGAACUGCUGGCGUCACGAACGCCUGGUUUCACAAAAAUCACUGCACUGUGGGAUACUGUUAACUUCGAAGGCCGGCCGGACCCUAUGGUCCCCGGUCCGAUGAAGUCCCCCGUCGUGGCAGCAGCUUUGCAUGCCAUGUGCGGGCUAGUUGGAAACGAACUCCUUGAGCUACGGGAUGGCAAGCCAGCCAAAGAAGCCAGCGUGACUGUAAACACAGACCAUGCUGGCAUCUGGCUUGCAUCCACGUUUACGGCAUUCGUGAAUGGCAAAGACAUCUCGACUCUUGCACGGGCCCGCGAACUUGCCAACAUCUUCGACAGGGACUUUGAGAAGGGGUUUGGCGUUGGUCCGUUGGCGGGCCGAGCCACUGCACUGUAUCCCACCAAGGACUCCGGGGUGUGGUAUCAACUCCAUGGAUCGCUGGAUGCAAGCAAGACACUCUGCUCGAUGGGGAUCGACAUGGAUGUGCCGUUGAAAUCGUUUCAGGAGGGAUAUGAGUACAUUCGGGAACAUGUGCAGAAAUGGAGUCCUGAUGAACUUGAGAUGCACAAUGUGAGACAUGGAUUAUGUGGGAGCAUCUGCUACUCCCCUGAAGGCUGGAGGAAGACUGAAAUGGGGAAGCGGCUUGCGGAACACCCUCUCGUGAAUUAUACGCAUGAAUCGUAUGCAAAAUCGACACCAUCAGUCCCCUUGAGUCAACUUCCUGAUCGUCGGCCUCUGGCUGGUAUCAAGGUUGUGGAGAUGGUACGGAUUAUCGCUGGUCCCACUGUUGGGGUAAUUCUUGCAUCAUUUGGCGCCGAUGUCAUCCGUGUCAACUGUAGUAGACUAGCAGAUUUGAAUGUCCUCCAAUUGACGCUCAACGCCGAAAAACGCACGAUCGAUCUCGAUAUUGGAAAGGAGGAGGACAUGACUCGGCUCAAGGAGCUUGUGGCCGAUGCAGACGUGUUUGUCCAGGGUUUCCGGUAUGGGUCACUAGACCGGAAGGGACUCGGUCUGCAAAACAUGCUGGAUCUGGCAGCCAAAAGAAACAAGGGCAUUGUCUACGUCGAUGAAAACUGCUACGGCCCAUCCGGACCAUUCGCCGAGAGACCCGGCUGGCAGCAGAUCGGGGAUGCUGCAUCGGGUGCUUCAUACGUGAUGGGUCGGUCGCUUGGAUUCGACGAAGGAACGAGUGUUCUUCCGCCGCUGCCAAUCUCUGACAUGACUACUGGUGUUGUCGGUGCUCUGGCGACAAUGUUGGCUAUUCGUGAUAGGGCUCAAAAAGGAGGCUCAUAUCACGUUGUAAGCUCGCUUGUGGCGGGGGACGCGAUUCUGGUGGACCCCGAAGUCGGCCUGUAUCCCGUUGAAGUGGUACAAAAAACUCUCGAUACGUUCAAAUUUGCACGCUCGUCUCCGGACCAGUUCGUCUCGGAGAUUAUGAUUCAGGUAAUUGAUGGGUGGAAACGGGUUUUCCCGGAAUAUCUUGCACAAGACUCUCCAUUUAUGAUGAGCUUUGAAGAUAGCCCAUGGGGACCAAUGGAUAUGCUGAGGCCUGUGACUAGACUAGAUGACAAAGAAGCAAGUCCAAUUUGA